CAUUUGUCGCCUUCCGGCCGCCACGGACAACAGAGAAAACAAUUCAGACAGAGAGACUGGUGGUAUCUGAUGUUGCAUUCGGCACAGAGAUACGGCUCCCUGUCACGAUAAUCGGGGCCGUACAGAAGAGGAAAAGAAAGAAAGGAAGCCACCGAUAGCGGUUGCAGCCAGGCGUCGAUGAUAGAGCCCUUGGCCAGUCAGCAGCGGCAGCUCUAGGGAGGAGACUUCGAGUGCGGCUGGUCGAGCGGUUUUCAGCGGCGGGCUCCGUGCCUGAGCCGGGAGCGCACGCCUGCAAAUUAGGAAGGGCCGCCCCGCUUACUAUGGCGCCCGGAAAGCUUCUCGGAAGGCUGCUAAUCGUCGCCAUCGUGUCGCUGUUUGACGCCAUCGACGACGUGGAUGCAGACGAUGGUAUCCAGUGGCUCGGCGACGCUUGCAAUGACGACGACGACUGCCACGAUGCAUUCAACCUGCUCUGCGUCAAGGGUCAGUGCGCCUGUAAGCAGGGAUUCGUCUCGGCGCAGUUCAGCUGCCACCCAGCUUCGCCCCUUGGCGGGAAGUGUACGUACCAUGCCCAAUGCCAGUACAGCGACCCGCACAGCGCGUGCGACCUGACGGGACACUGCGUGUGCGUGGAUGGGUUCACGCCGCGCCGGGACACUGUGACCACCAAGAAGUGCGCCGCCGACGCGGACGACGACCGUCAGUAUCUGGACGCCGCUGCGGUGUUGAAACCGCACGCGAUCACAGGAUAUCACAGUUCUUAUGGCAGCGGCGUCACGACUUUUGGUAUCAUCGUGCUGGUGCUGGCGUUUGUGCUAGCGGUCGCCUGCCUCCUCAAGUUCGUUAUCUGCAACUGGAACCAGCAACAAUCACCACCUUUGAGGAAACAUUCCAGGAAAUACAACUACCUCACCGUGGGUUACCUCAAAGACAAUGAAACACAAGCUCUUCUUCCACCGGGGAGGCGUCCACCCAGCUACUCAGAAGCCACCAGGGUGCCGCAGAUCACCAUUUCCGAUUACUCAUCCCUUUCUCACCCCACCACGACCGUCUACACAAGCACGUGAGCUGAUAAAGCAUGUGCAAAUCGGAGAGCAGUGCCAACCAAUGGAUCCCUGCUGUAUGUAUGCAUUGUAAAUAUAAAGAUUUGAUACUCAA